UGCGCUGUAAGACUUCUAAAAUUGAUUUCCGCGUGGCGAUGGUCUCUAGAUUUGCGACGCCUGAGCGGCAGUCACAACGCAGCGAAGAUUCACCGAAAGUGCAUUACUCGGCAAAGCGGUGCGCCAUGGUCCUCUCUGUGCUGGUAACCACAGCCCUUGCAUAUGUUUGCUUUUGGUCGUCUCUGGGCCUUAACGCGGAAGGAGUCACUUACAUGGUCAGUCAUCCUAUGCUGUGUAUCCCUGAGGACGGACAAGUCGUGCAGGCCCUGGCGUCGAGGAUCAUCUGCGCCAGUUGGUGCAAUCAGCUGCUAGGCCUAGUCUUCAGCUACGUUGAUGGCGUGUGUGAAGUAUUUGCGGUGGGCCAAGAAACUUACGAAAAAACACGCACUUUUACUGUAUUUACACCGGAGGUUUGGUCAGGCAUUGCGGAGAUAGGCGUGGGCAAAACUGUAGACUCCAGCCCAGCAUAUGUAGGCGGUGGCGAGUUCCUUUACAAUUACAAAGCCAACGACGGAGAUGUUACCACCUUGUUUGCUACUAAUCCUAACUUGAACCAUCCAUGGUGGAUUGUGGAUCUCGUGGAACCAAACCUCGUCGUGAAGGUGGAUAUUCUCACUCGGCAGGAUUGUUGCCAAAACAGGUUCCACGAUGUUGAGAUUCGCGUCGGAACAGUCAGAAAUGGCGGGGACUUCUCCGGAUGGGCGCUGAUCGGCUUCUACAAAGGUCCGUACAGUACAGCAGAAGGCCGCCUCAUUUAUGAAAACGCGACUGGGCUCUGCGGUCGCUACGUGUCCGUGCAGAAGAUCGUGGACGCCACUUCGCCACUACAGAUCGCUGACAUCAAAGUGUAUGCCGCAAUGCCUUAAGAAUGAUAUUUAAGUUUAUGUUGUCAUCGGCUUCAUGCUUUGUUGCUCCUGGAUUGUUUUCAGAUGAA